ACUGUCUUGCAAGAAGGUAGCCAAGAUGAUCUCCAUUGCUGUGAUCUGGGGUUUUGUGGUGGCAGUGUGUUGCUGUCUGUGGCUUUUGCUGGGUAUCAGAAGAAGGCGGCCUGGUGAACCUCCUCUUGAAAAUGGCAUGAUCCCUUACUUGGGGUGUGCUUUACAGUUUGGGGCAAACCCUCUGGAGUUCCUACGUGGAAGACAGAAAAAAUAUGGUCAGAUAUUUACAUGCAAAAUUGCAGGACAAUUUGUUCAUUUUCUCACAGACCCAUUUUCUUACCAUUCAGUUAAUCGUCAUGGCAGAUACCUUGACUGGAAAAAAUUCCACUUUUCCACAUCAUCAAAGGCUUUUGGACAUAUCAGCUUGAAUCCCAAUGAUGGUAAUACAACAGAAAAUUUUCAUCAGACUUUCCUUAAAACACUCCAAGGUGAUGCUCUGGAUAACCUGAUUAUAAACAUGAUGGACAAUCUUCAGUAUGUUAUGUUUCAACCAAAUAUUCUCAAAUGGAAUGCAAAUGAAUGGACAACUGAUGGACUGUAUGCAUUCUGCUACAAGAUUAUGUUUGAAUCUGGCUAUCUGACACUUUUUGGAAAAGACCAACAUCUGAAAGAAGAUCGCAGUCUUGCCAGACAAGAGGCACAGAGAGCACUAAUUCUUAAUGCCCUUGAAAACUUCAAGGAAUUUGACAAAAUAUUUCCGGCCCUAGUUGCAGGUUUGCCAAUUCAUGUUUUUAAGAGUGCACAUAGUGCCCGUGAAAGGCUAGCCAAGUCCCUCCGACCUGAAAACGUACGAAAACGCGAUGAUGUCUCUGACUUCAUAUCAUUAAGGAUAUUAUUGAAUGACACCCUGUCCAAUUUGGAUGAAGUUGGAAAAGCAAGAACCCUUGUGGGACAUCUGUGGGCAUCUCAAGCUAAUACAUUACCUGCUACAUUUUGGAGCUUAUUCUAUCUCAUCAGGAACCCAGAAGGCAUGAAAGCAGCCAAAGGAGAGGUCCAAAAAACAUUAGAAAGAAAUGGACAAAUACCUAACUUAGGUGGAAAACACAUCUCACUGAGCAGAGAAGAACUGGAUAAUAUGCCAGUGCUAAGCAGCAUUAUUAUGGAAGCCAUCAGACUGUCCAGUGCCUCCCUCAAUGUUAGAAUUGUGAAAGAGUCAUUUGCGUUGACAUUAGAGAAUAAUGAAUCUUAUAACAUUCGCAAGGAUGAUGUCAUAGCCUUAUAUCCACAGCUGGUCCACUUCGAUCCUGAAAUUUAUGAAGAUCCUCUGGAUUUCAAAUAUGACAGGUUUCUGGAUGAAGAGGGAAAGGAGAAAACAACAUUUUACAGAAGGGGGCGGAAGUUACGUUAUUACUAUACACCCUUUGGUUCAGGAGUCACAAAGUGCCCAGGGCGAUUUUUUGCCAUACAUGAAAUCAAACAAUUUCUUGUGCUCUUACUGUCCUACUUUGAAAUGGAACUGAUGGACAAGAACGUUAAGGUUCCAUCUCUGGACCAGUCACGAGCAGGGCUAGGCAUUUUGCAACCAACACAUGAUAUUGAAUUUAAAUAUAAGCUAAAAAUACUUUGAGAUUUUUCUUUGUGUUACCAAAAUGCUCAUCUAAAGACACAAUACUGGCAAUUCUCAAAAGAUUGUGGGUAAUAUAAAUUUAGUACAAAAUGUGACCCACUGAAAAAAAACACCCAAAUAACUUAGCAAUGACAGUAUUAGCAUUAUGCUAGGGAACUCAAGAAUUUUCAGGUUUUUAAGAUUUUUCCUUCUAACCUUUACAUUAUUACCAAUAUUAUUUCUCAUGAUCUCUGGUACAGCAGUAUGUCAUGUGGACUAUAAUCCCUGGGAGUCACAAAUUUUAUUUGCUUUAGAAUUUCUAUGCUUUAAAAUCUGCCUUGCAGUGGUUUUACUGUACAUAAAAAAAUAAUAUGGCAGCAUGUCUUACAGCAUUUUACAGUUAUUGCAAAUAACACUCACAUUUGUAUUUCAACUUUUGAGAAUCAUCAGAGAGCUGAGCAAACUAUCAUUUUGUAUCCAAAGAACUGUUAAACCAAGAUGUUGUUGCAAUAGAUGUAAGAACAUCAUUGCCAAAUGCAUUAACUCUGGACAUAGUUUUUAUACUAUAUUCCAACAAAUGUGUUUGGCUAUUUCCAAAUCAUAUGGGCAUAAGCUGUAAUACAAAUCAGGAUAAGGUAGAAUGCUGUUUUCAUGCAACCGAUUAUUCUUGAUGUCAAAACGAUAAUGUAUAUAUAUGUACAUUAAUUGUUUUAAGCACUUUUUUAUAUCUGUAAAUGUGUAACUUUCAUUGCUGGAUUAAUUUUCAGCAUUAUAAGAAUGGGUGGAAUGAAAUCCUUCAUUUUUGCAUUUCAGCUUUAUGGAGGAAAUGUUCUAGUGAUACUUUUUUAUGUUUGCUUCUAAUAUUUAUGUAAGCAUUACUUUGUGACUAUAUGAUGAAAUGUAUUUCUGAGAAAGAUGAUCUUCUAAGACAAGGAGACCUUAUGAUAGUUAUUGUAUCUGUUUAUGUGUG